AUGACUGUCGAUCAAAGCUUAGUCAAAUGGAUCAACUCAUUUGACGGCCUUUCAGAGCAUUGUGACUCUUACAAAGACUUGGCCGAUGGUGUAUUGCUAUACGAGAUCUGUCAUCAAAUAUCUACGAAACACUUUGAUUCAACAUUGAUACCGCGAUCGGAUUCCAAGGAUAAUUGGGUACUGAGGACAGAGAAUGUUAAUACUUUGUUGGCAUCAUUGGACUCAUACUUUAGUGUUGAGCUGGGUCUGACAGGCCAGACAACACAUCUUAAUAUUGAUUCAUUGGCCAGGGAUCUAAAUCGCGAGGAGAUCAUCAAGUUGAUCGAGUUGAUCAUUGGUGUCGUGGUGGAAUGCGAGAACAAAGGCGAAUACAUUGGCAAGAUGCAGGAUCUUGACCCAGAGGUGCAGAACGACCUGAUGGUGAUCAUCGAGCGAAUCAUGACUGACCAUCAACAACAGAUGUCUGAGAACAGACGCGCUUCAUUCGAUGCUGGCGAGGAGCCAAUCGAUGUGUACUCCAGGUCAGUGUCCAGUCCAAACGUCAAGGACACAUUGUCUCAGAUUGAGUCACAGAUCACUCAACUCCAAAAGGAGAAGUCUGAGCUGCAGGUUGAGAUUGAGGAGCUGACCAUCACCGUGACACAGGGCGAGCAGGACAAGAAGGGCUGGGAGAAGGAGAAGGAGAACCUGCUGGAGGUGUGCUCCAAUCUGCAGCAGUCACUCGAGUAUGCGCAGAAGCGUCUGGACGAUCAGAAGCAACAGUCGUCACUCAACAUGAUGAGCGACCUACGCGUCAAGGAGGAGAUCAACAACCUGCAGCAAAAGAUCGAGGACAAGGAGAAGCAGGUGUUUGAGCUGAGGAAGAAGGUGGACGAGAGCGCCAAGCAGGCCAACGAGAACAGGGACCUGAGGGACGAGAUCGACAUCCUGCGCGAGAAGGUGCAGAACGCCGAAGCCACCGAGGACAAGCUCAGGAAGUAUCAACACAAGGUGGAGGAGAUUGCCGAGCUAAAGCGACAGAUGAAGACGCUGGAGGAGAACAACGACAACUAUCUCAAUCAGAUUCUCGACCUCGAGGAGCAGGUUCGCAAGAGCAGCUCAUUCAAGACACAGCUUGAGACCACCAAGCAGCAGUUGAUGUCGCUCAAGAUCGACAACACCAAGCUGGAGAUGUCACUCAAGUCAAUCACAGAGGAUCGCGAUCGUCUCCAACUCACCCUUUCACAACUCGAGCAGGAUCACUCCUCUCUCAGCGGACAGAUCGAUAGUCAGCGCAUAAAGAUUGAGCAAUUACAGCAGGAUAGUGAUUCAAAGUUGUUGGAGUCUACAUCAUCACCAUUUGCAUCUGGUGGAGGACUGGACCAGGUUAUGGACUCUGCCACAAAGGAACGUCUUGCAAGAUUGGAGAGAGAGAACAAGAGAUUUAAAGAGUCGAUUGACAAGUUACCAGAGCUUGAGACACAAUUGGAAGAAGCCAACGCUGCAAAGGAGGAGUUGACAAAGCAGUUGGCAUUGAUGCAAUCAGCUUCGAGCCCAACACAACAACAACAUCAUCAAUCAUCUAUUGUCAUUCAAGAACUUAAUCAGAAGAUAUUGGACAUGAAUAACAACACUCAAUUGAAGAGCCAGGAGGUGGAGAAGAUGAAGGUCAAUGUUGAGACUGCAAACACAUCGCUGCUGGAGAAGAACAAGCAACUGGAAGCGUCAGCCAAGCAGGUGGACGAGCUACGAGCACAGCUCGUCGAUUUGUACAACAAGCAGUCGACGUCCACAAUGGACGCUGCGUCAAAGGAGACGAUCGCCAACUUGGUCCAGGAGAAGGACAAGCUGGAGGGCUACCUCAGAGCCGCCAGGAAGAUGAUCAAGGGCCUGCGCGAGAAGGAGAAGGAAGGCGAGGGCAAGGAGGCCAAGAUGCUGGUCAAGGAAGAACAUAUCGCACAGCUGGAGAACACGAUCAAGUUGAAGGACGAGCGUCUGGAGAGCUUUGCCAAGCAGAUCAAGGAGGCCAAGGAGGCUCAGCAGCGUGAGCUGAACCUGAUGCUGACGGCAUUCUUGAAUAUAGGCUUGGAGGUUGAGACACUAAAGGUUAAGAAUGAUCAUUCCAAGGAGCCAAGAGCAUUCUUGAACAAGAAGCGAGCAGAUGGUUGGACACUUCAAGAUAAAUAG